GCAACUCCCCUUUUGUCGGUUGGUCCGUUGGCGUCGGGUAGGAAAAGCUGCGACGAGCUUCGAGCGCUCCUGUGUGUGUUUGCUGGGCACUGACAUUUCCGCGGAAAAGCGUGACUCAAGAUGGCAGGAGGAAAAGCAGGCAAGGACUCCGGUAAAGCAAAGGCGAAGGCAGUGUCUCGUUCGGCCAGAGCGGGCCUCCAAUUCCCCGUGGGCCGUAUCCACCGGCACCUGAAGAACCACACGACCAGCCACGGCCGUGUCGGCGCCACCGCCGCCGUCUACAGCGCGGCCAUUCUCGAGUACCUGACGGCCGAAGUGCUCGAGUUGGCCGGCAACGCGUCCAAGGACUUGAAGGUGAAGCGUAUCACCCCUCGCCAUCUGCAGCUUGCCAUCCGUGGUGACGAAGAAUUGGACACCCUGAUCAAGGCGACCAUCGCUGGCGGCGGUGUGAUCCCUCACAUCCACAAGUCGCUCAUCGGCAAGAAGGGCACACAAAAACCGGCCUAAUGAAGUCACUGAUGGAGGUGUUUUGCAAAUUGAGGAGAAAUUUGACUUGCUGGUUUUAAGAGCAUGCAUCAGUUACAAGGUUAAGGAACUUCUGCUGAAGACAGACAACACCCCCACCUGUGCCGUACAACAAACUCUCUCAAAAUAUUAACAGUUCACGAGUGAAUUUAUAAAGCAAGAAAAUAUGAAGAUAUCAACAAUUCACAACACAUAGAAUAACAUUGUACCGCAGAACAAAAGCAAAAGUGGAGGCAGAUGAAACACGGCGGCAUUUGAUUUUGGUUCCAUAAGAUAUAUAAAAAAAAACACAGCCAUUUCUCUAUUAUAGACGAUUGUGCCCUUCUGUCUGAUUUUUACUAAAAUCCAAGACUUAAUUUCGCACCAACCAUACAAGUUGGUGGUAGUGUUCUUUUUCUACUCGAGGCAUUUUGUCGACAAAUUAAAUUAAAUCUAUCGAAUAUAAGUUUUUAUUGCAGACGAAUGAAGAUUUUCCUCAUAAUCAAUAACAUGUGUCUGUUUGCGUGUGCAAAUGUAUUGCAGGUCACCAUAUAGAGUUGUGUUCUUUCUAUAGUUUCCCCAACUUACACAUUGAGCUGACAUGGAGUGAACUAUGUUCACCUGUCUCUAAAGUAGCUUUAAAAUGAUAAAUGAAGUAAAAAAAGGUCCGAUUUGUUACAUGAGGCAAAGUUUUAGAUUUUUAAGACAUAAAGCGCAGUUAAUUUCAUCCAUAUUUGUUUGUCCCGUUUCAUUUAUUUAGCAUUGCAAUUGUUCAACAGUUUGGUGUAAAUAUUUCGCAAAAUAAAAAGAAUUCAAUGAUUCUCUAA